CGUGGUGGAGUGGUAUAUUCUGUGGGGAACUGACCGACAAACAAAAAGUCAACUCCUUAAAGACACCUCUGAUAGUCAUAUCAGCUAUAUUCACUGUGGUUGUCGUUGCUGUUAGCUGCUACGUAUGGGCUCGAAAAAGGUUUAUCGGUCAGCAGAAUGAACGGAUGGAACCAGGACGAGUAUUUCAAAUUGACGUUCCACCAAGGCAACAACAAUUUGGGUCUCUGGGACAGCAAAGCUCUAACGUGUAUUACGACAUCCACGAGGAUGCCAUGGAACAAUAUCAUUACAUCUGUGCGCAAAACGCACCUGAUCACUAUGAUGAAAUCAACGUCACACAAUAUGACCGUGAUACCGAAAUCGUGCCUUCAGAUGAAUUAACGGACGAUAGUAAUUCCCUACGGAACGUCACAGACUCUAAAAGCAAAGAUGAACUUAAUGGUAGUGACGAAUCAAUAUCCUGGUGGAGAGUCACACAGUCUUAUAGUGAUCUUCAUCAUGCAUGUAAGACAGACAAUAUGAACGGAGUUUAUACCCGAGGUAGCGUAGUAGAAUCUAAUAGAAGUAUUGAACUUGUGUGCACGAAAGAUUGUAUGGAACUUGAAGAAUUUUGUCAAAAAAACAAGGAUGAAGACCGGCGAAAGCCAGUUGCUACAGAUAGCGAAGAGGGGGAAUAAAUAUUUGGUGAUUUAGGACAAUUUCAAGUGGAUUAUAUUCAUGCUAUUGCGAGGGAAGAAUCUGAACUGCUUGAUAAUGAACAAGAUCAUCCAACUAUAUAGUCUUCCUUAAAAUUGAGUCAGACGGAACUAGUCGGAGAUAUUUUGUGAAGAUAAUAGAAACUUGAAUAUCACCCAGCUGCCUCUUUAAUCUCAUCACAAAUCAAACUGGACGACUAAUAGACACUAAUAGGUUUAGUAAACGACAAAUGAACUUAAACAAAACGACUCUUUCGUAUAAAGCUGACACAUAAUUCAAGCAGGUUAUUUGAUUUUAAAUGGUUUAGUUAAGUCCAACAAAGAUAUAUAGAUAUAAAUAGUUCUGACUAUCGGUCCAUUACAUCCGUUUUUUAUAAGCCAUAUCUCUGCCAAAAUUAAUAAAUUAUUAUUGAUAUGUUCUCCAUAAUUUUAUAGCAUUAUGAAAGGCUGCAUCCUGCAUUACAUUUAUGUUGUCAUCUCAAAAGUAAAGGACCCACUUUUUAGGUUUGUUGCAUAAUUAUAUUGAUAUAACAAUACGUUUUAUACUUGAAUAGUAACAUUCAAAAUUCACAGAAUUUAAGAGUAUAUUAAAGGGGUAUGUCGAGCAUCAUUUGUUGUGGUAUUUUUCAGUUUAAAUGUAAUAGUCAUCAUUAAAAUUAAAUGGAUACAAGUAAGGUUGAUAUGUUUUAUUUUGUAAUUAAUAAAACCUUUUGGAGCCAUUGAUCGGUUGUGUCCAUAUAGACUCGUUAACUUUUCCAGUAGAUUCGUGUUCCAGCGAACUGUAGUUUUACUGACCGUUCCAAGUUGGGUGUUUUUUCAUUUAUCCGUAAUUAGGCUAUUUUAAAGCAUAUAUGAUUGGUUUGUGGUGAAUGUUUGUACGUGUGUAUGUUGUGUAUGUAUGUUUGUGUCUCAUGGUUAGUAUUGUUUAAACACUUGCCUUUUGUGUCUUAAUUUCUAUUAUAGAUUUGAGUUUUUGAUUAAUUGGUUUAUUCCUGUAUUUUCUUACCAUCAUUGUUUAAUGUGCCGUUGGAAAAACUGAAUUGUUAUUAUUGAUAGAAUUAUAAAUGCAUAACGCGUAAUCACAAUAUUAUGUCUGUUCGACGUAUUAAUGAUAUCUGAUAGUCUUUACUUCUAGGCUUUGUAAAUGUGACUUAUAAAUAAUUGUAUGGCUAUGUAUAAACGCGUAUUCAAACUAGCUUGCCUCUUAGAGGUAUUGAUGAGAUAAACAAUUGUAAAGCCUUUAGGCUGAAGGCCGCACGACU